AUGUCAGAGAGCGAAUCAAACUCUCCCACCUUUGUGGAUCCUCAAGCACCUUUGCGCCAGGAAAUCCAACGACUCAAGGAAAAACUGGAAAAGACAGAGAACAAUUUUGAAUACUACGAAGAGUCCAAUCACAAGUUUGAAACCGAGAUUGAAAAGCAAAAGAUUCAAAUCGAGCGAAAAGAUGCGCAAAUCACCAAUCUCAAGGAACACAUCGCCGCCAACGAAAAGGAACAUGAUGAAACACACAAGGAAUACCAGGCCAUGAGACGUAGAAGUUCUGUCCUGGAAACUACAGUCAAGCAUGCCGAGAGAGAACUCAAGACUGUGGCCGAUCUGGAAUUGGUUAUCGAAGACCGCGAGGAAGAAGCCCGCCAUGCUACUGCCGAACUUGCCAAAGCAAGGACCGAGCGCGACGACAAAGCCACCGAAGUCAAGGGCCUCGAAGGAGAUAUCGAGGCAUUGCAAGAGGUGCUAGCCACUCAGGCGGUGAAUAUCGAUGCUCUUCAUGUCAAGCUCAGUAUCUACGAACGUCACCUUCCCGUCAGCAGCGACCUUGAGUCUGAUGCCUUGGACGAUGUUCUAUACGACUUUAUGACAAAGUACUCUGUGCUUACAGAACACAUCCCCUCCAGCGCUAACAAGAAGAAUAAUCGCAACUCUACUGGCUUCAAUCUCGCUGAUGAGUUUGACGCUCUCAGCAGUGAUGGAGAGUUUGAUUCGAAUGACGGCUACGCAUCUGACGGCCGCAGUGCUCGUAGCGAUGAGUCUGACAGAGCUCCCCAGAGUAUCGCCCAAGUUUUGAGUCACUCUGCUGUCCAGUCUAUUGGUACUCAUCCUUCCAUCGGCCAACCUGUUCAGACUACUUCGACUGCUACUCAAACUUCGCCUGUCAACAAGCCACUUCCUCAACCGGUCAGCAUUGCGACUCAGACCGACCCUAUCCGAUCUCCGAGGAAGACUUCAGCACCAACGAAUUCCAACACCGAGACCCAGACAAGUCCCAUCGCUGCCUUGAUUCAAAAGUUCACACCGAAGAUGAACAGUUCCGGUGUGCAGACAAGUCCUGCCACUUCUUCUCCUAGCAAGUCUGUUUCAGAGAUGGUCAGCAAUGGUGUCCAGAUGGCUACAAAUGAGUUGUCAACCAAGAAGACCGAACCUGAGACCGUAAGCGCUGGUGUUCAGACGAGUCCACUUGUUGAGACUUCGAAGAAGGCUUUGCAGAUCCUGAAUACUAGGGCCAGGAUGUAUUCUAGUGUCUCUACCAGAGGGACAACUUCUAAGGCUGCAAAGGGAGAAACCACGAAGUCGACUGCUACGACGAGUCCGGCUCCGAAGAAUGCAGCUUCAGGCAGUGGGGAUGGGGCUGACACUAGGCUGGCUACAUCCACGAAGCCAGCUGCUUUCACGACAAGUGCGUUGUCUCCAGCCGAGUCUCCACCGUCGGAUGAGAUGAUUACCAAUGGAGAACUUGCACUCGAGGACUUCCUGCGUUCGCAGCUGGAUGAACCGGCCUCUCAGGCUAGCGACCGCAACGACAAGGGGAAGUCUCCCCAGGAGCAAGAUAUGGACAAACCUCCCACCCCGCCUGCCUCCGCCCCUCCACCUGCACCUUCUGUCGCAACCCUCCCCAAAACACUCUUCUUCCCCCUCCACGCCCUCAGCAAAGAAGCCCAAACGCACUGGGAACUACUAGCCCUGUGUACCCUGACCUCCUUCCUCGCCGCCUUCCUAGGCUUCUCAGCAGCAAACUUUGCAACUGAACAUCCUUGGGCACAAGUUAAUGGAUAUGCACCGCAGACUCCGCAAAAAUUCGACAACUAUUACGCUGGUAUUUGUGCCUUACGGUGA